UGAAUAACGUAAUGAGCCUAAGAGAGGUCGAGGUCAAGUAUCCGGGUAUCGACUGGCUGGACUACAGUAACACCCUUCUAGCGCCACACUCACGCGUCGAGCUAGAUGAACUGGUAAACGUCGUCGUGCCGAGUUUCUUAGAGGAGUUCAUACAACUGAUCAAAAAGACCCCUAAGCGCGUUCUCGCUAACUAUGUAUUCUGGCGCGUAGCGAGCAGCUCUGCUUCCUUCCUCGGGAAGCGCGUCCAGGACAUCGCCUUGGAGCUGGAAGCUGCGCUCACAGGCAUGAGCAAAAGAGAGCCCCGAUGGAAGGAGUGCAUUUCCGAAGCAUCAGAAAGUCUCUUCAUUGCUGCCGGGGCCCUCUACGUCAGACGCGACUUCAAUGAAAGCUUUAAAGCAAGUACCAUCGACAUUAUCAGGAAUAUACGCAAAAGCUUCAAGAGCAUAGUCAUGCAGGCUUCCUGGAUAGAUAAAAAAACGAAAACUUCAGCUCUGGAAAAGCUCGAUUGGAUUGUACAGCAUAUUGCAUAUCCAAGUGAAUUUCUUGACAACGAUAAACUCGACGAAUUCUAUAAAUUGUUAAAAAUAUAUCCUGAAAGUUAUUUCAAAAGUCAACUGAGCUUAAAUCUUUUUAACGCGGCUUAUGUAUUUGAAAAAUUUAACGAUCCUGUUAAUAAGACGAAUUGGAUUUCUCACGGCCGAUCGGCAAUUGUUAAUGCCUUUUAUGACCCCACCGAAAAUAGUAUUCAAUUUCCUGUUGGAAUCUUGCAAGGACAUUUGUUUGCACAAGAUAGGCCGAAAUAUUUAAAUUAUGGUGCUAUUGGUUAUAUUAUGGGUCAUGAAAUAACUCAUGGUUUUGAUGAUGAAGGUCGACAAUUUGAUAAGAAUGGAAAUUUAUUUGAAUGGUGGGAGCCGGAAACGAAAGAAAAGUAUUUACAACGAGCUCAAUGUAUUGUCGAUCAAUAUAGUAAUUAUACAGUUAAAGAAAUUAAUCUUAAACUUUUGUUAUAGAUAAACGGUGUAAAUACACAAGGUGAAAACAUUGCAGACAAUGGUGGCAUAAAAGAGGCUUACUUCGCAUAUAACGAAUGGGAA